UCAUAUUUGGUUGUGGUUUAUUUGAUGUGCUGCUGAUUUUGUGUGCUUGGUUAAUCAAUUGUGGUGAAUUGGGUUAAGUGUUUGGUUGGUUGUCUUGAAGUUGUUCCUUGUAGGUGUCGUAUCCUACUCGUUGCUUCUCCCCCAACAUUUGGUAUCAGAGCAAAAGGUUUAAACCGUAGAUAUGGAGUCAGGAAAUCAUUCUAUGGUUAAAUUGACAUCAACCAAUUAUUCCAUUUGGCGUCCUAUGAUGGAAGAUUUGUUAUAUUGUAAAGAUUUGUUUGACCCAAUUGAUGUGGAUAAAACCAAGAAGGAUGACAUGCCCACUAAACCAGAGAAGAUGACGGAUAAAGAAUGGGAAAAACUGAAGAGAAAGACCUUGGGGACUAUUAGACAGUGGAUUGAUAUUAGCAUAUUCAAUCAUGUAUCCCAAGAGACUGAGCCACUCGAGUUGUGGAGAAAAUUGGAGGGUCUUUAUGAGAGAAAGACUGCUCAUAACAAGGCCUCGUUGAUUAAGAGGCUUGUUAGUCUCAAGUUGAAGCCGGGAAAAUCUGUUUCUGAGCAUCUUAGUGACUUUCAAGAUAUCAUUAACAAGUUGACUGUGAUGAAAAUUGUUUUUGAUGAUGAGUUGCAGGCUUUAUUCCUAUUGAGUUCUUUGCCAGAUAGUUGGGAGACUUUGGUUGUGUCUAUCAGCAACUCAGCUCCAGAUGGUGUGCUUUCAUUGGAUGUCAUUAAAGAGAGCAUGUUCAAUGAAGAGCUUAGAAGAAAGGAGAUGGGAGAAAAUAAAGAAGAUGUCGUGGCAUCGGUGUUGGCCUUCUUCUUUGAAGCCUCGGUUUUGGUCCUUGACCUUCCUCUGGCCAUUGUUGAAGCGUUUAGAAAGUGAGUAGAAAACAAUGCUGCCUUCCCAACGAUGGUGAGAUGCCUAUGUCUAGUAAAACACACGGGAGCUAUAUGUCCUACCCUAUUGCAAUAAUGGCAUACUACGUUU